CCGUCCCCCCACCCCAUCCUGGGUGUCUGAAGUGGAGACAGUGAGACCCCAGAGGCUGUGGUAUCCCCCUCCCUGCCCCUGGGUCAGCCUCAUGGGCCCAUCCUGCCCGGUGUCCUGCCCCAUCCCCAGACCCCGGGUCAGGCCACGGAGCUGGGUUCAAAUCAUAGGCCGUUCCCUGUAGCAGAUAUUGUCCUGCUGCGUCGCACACCCUGAUCUCACCUGUCCCGGCCCCGAGCAGGAUUUCUGAUCCUGGGCCGGACGCGCUGUCCCGGAUGGAGCGAGGGGCACAGCCGGAGGUCCCAGGUCCCCAGGGCGCUCAGGAGACCCCGAGAGACGCCCACACAGCGCGUGGGAACGAGGAGGUGACUCAGCCAGGGGUGGCGCAUGAGACGCUGCCAGGAGGAUCCGGAGGGGACAUGUCCAGGAGUCCGGAGCCGGGGAAAGCCUCCGAGGGGCAGCAGGGGAACCUCACGGAAGAGAGUGGGGGUGAACCCGCUCCCCACGGGGGCGACACAAUGGACCCGAGCGAAGCCACAGCCCGGUCAGGGCGACUCUACACCUGCCCGGAGUGCGGGAAAAGCUUCAUGCAGAGCUCGCACUUCAUCCGGCACCAGACGGUGCACACGGGCGAGCGGCCCUACCAGUGCACGGACUGCGGGAAGAGCUACCGGCAGAACUCGGACCUGGUGAGCCACCGCCGGCUCCACACGGGCGAAGAGCCCUUCCACUGUGCCGAGUGCGGGAAGCGCUUCCGCCAGAGCUCGGAGCUCAUCAUCCACCAGCGCAGCCACACGGCCGAGGCCCCCUACCCGUGCCCCGAGUGCGGGAAGCGCUUCCGCCGCAGCUCGCACCGCCUGGCCCACCAGCGCACCCACACCGCCGAGCGCCCCUGCAAGUGCCCCGACUGCGGCAAGGGCUUCCGCACCAGCUCGGACGUGGCGCAGCACCGGCGCACCCACACGGGCGAGCGCCCCCACCAGUGCCCGGACUGCGGCGAGCGCUUCAGCGUGCGCUCCACGCUGGUCAACCACCGCCGGGUGCACACGGCCGAGCGGCCCUUCGCCUGCGCCGAGUGCGGGAAGCGCUUCACCCAGAGCUCCACCCUCAACCGGCACCGGCGCAUCCACGUGGGCGAGCGGCCGUUCCGCUGCCUGGAGUGCGGCAAGAGCUUCAACCGCAGCUCCAACCUGCUGACGCACCGGGUGCUGCACACGGGCGAGCGCCCCUUCCGCUGCCCCCGCUGCCCCAAGAGCUUCAACCAGCGCGCCAACCUGCUGACCCACCAGCGCACCCACACGGGCGAGCGCCCCCACCAGUGCCCCGGCUGCGGCAAGCGCUUCAGCCAGAGGGCCAACCUGCUGGUGCACCAGCGGCUGCACGCGGGGGACCGCCGCAGCUGCUCCCGGCCCGGGCGGGGGGAGCCCGGGGGCCGCGCUGGGCUGGAUCCGCCCCUGGGCCGGGCAGCGCCGAGCGCCGCCGGGGGAGGGAGCUGCUGCGCCGGGCCGGCAGGAUUUCUCAUCCCUGGGCCGGACACGCUCUCCUGGAUGGAGCGAGGGGCAGAGCUGGGGGUCCCGGGUCCCCGGGGCGCUGAGGAGACCCCGAGAGACGCCUGCACAGCAGGCGAGGGGCUGGUGAGCGAGACCGAGGAGAAUCCCGAACAGGAUGGUCCGGAGCCAGCAGAACUGUAUGGGACAUUCCCAGGACGUUCCCAGAGUCCUCAGCAGGAAGUGGCCUGCGAGCGCCAGGUUGACAAUGCCACGGCGGAGAGACUGGGUGAGUCUGUGCCGUACGGGGCGGAUUUCACAGGCCCCCACGGGACCGUGGCCCAGCCCAGAGCCUCCCCGGGAGACAGACUCUUCACCUGCCCCGAGUGCGGGAAGGGCUUCGGGCAGAGCGCCCACCUCAUCCGGCACCAGACCGUGCACACCGGGGAGCGGCCCUACAAGUGCCCCGAGUGCGGGAAGGGCUUCAGCCAGAGCUCGGACCUGACCACGCACCGGCGCAUCCACACGGGCGAGGAGCCCUACCGCUGCCCCGACUGCGGCAAGCGCUUUGCCCAGAGCUCCAACCUGAUCCGGCACCAGCGCACCCACACGGCCGAGACCCCCUACCGCUGCCCCGACUGCGGCAAGCGCUUCCGCCGCACCUCCCACCUGGUCAUGCACCAGCGCACCCACACCGGGGAGCGGCCCUACCGCUGCCCCGACUGCGGCAAGCGCUUCAGCCACGGCUCCCACCUGCACCGGCACCAGCGCAUCCACACGGGCGAGCGCCCCUACAAGUGCCCCGACUGCGGCAAGAGCUUCGGCGUCAAGUCCACCCUGGUGACGCACCGGCGGGUGCACACGGCCGAGCGGCCCUACGCCUGCGCCGACUGCGGCCGGGCCUUCGCCCAGAGCUCCACCCUCAACCGGCACCGCCGCACGCACGCGGCCGAGCGCCCCUACCGCUGCCCCGACUGCGGCAAGAGCUUCAUCCAGAGCUCCAACCUGGUCACCCACCUGAUCCUGCACACGGGCGAGCGCCCCUUUCACUGCCCCCGCUGCCAGAAAACCUUCAGCCAGAGCUCCAACCUCAGCCGCCACCAGAGGACCCACGCAGGGCGCCGAACCCGCCCGUGCCCCGAGUGCGGGGAGAGCGUCUCGCGCGUCUCCGGCCUGUCCGCCCACCAGAGACGCCACGCGGGGCAGGAGACGCCCUCGCCGCCCUGCUAGGGCCGCCUGGUCCCCCUGGUACCCACCUACCAGAGACGCCACGCGGGGCAGGAGACGCCCUCGCCGCCCUGCUAGGGCCGGCUGGUC